UCGAGGAGAGAAAACCAAACUCCGCGUCCCAGAUUGCACGGUCUCCAUCACCACCCCAAGCAGCACAUUUUGUCCCUAGGCACAGGUGCUCGUCAAGAUGGCUGUUGGCAAGAACAAGAGAUUGUCCAAGGGCAAGAAGGGUCUUAAGAAGAAGACCCAGGACCCCUUCGCCCGCAAGGACUGGUACGGCAUCAAGGCCCCUGCGCCUUUCAACGUCAGAGAUGUCGGCAAGACCCUGGUCAACCGCACCACCGGUCUCAAGAACGCCAACGAUGCUCUGAAGGGCCGCAUCUUCGAGGUCUCUCUCGCCGACCUCCAGAAGGAUGAGGACCACUCCUUCCGCAAGGUCAAGCUCCGUGUCGAUGAGAUCCAGGGCAAGAACUGCCUGACCAACUUCCACGGUCUCGACUUCACCUCCGACAAGCUCCGCUCGCUCGUCCGCAAGUGGCAGACUCUCAUUGAGGCCAACAUCACCGUCAAGACCACCGACGACUACCUCCUCCGCCUCUUCGCCAUUGCCUUCACCAAGCGCCGCCCCAACCAGAUCAAGAAGACCACCUACGCUGCCUCUUCUCAGAUCCGCGCCAUCCGCCGCAAGAUGACCGAGAUCAUCCAGCGCGAGGCUUCCAGCUGCACCCUCACCCAGCUCACCUCCAAGCUCAUUCCCGAGGUCAUUGGCCGCGAGAUUGAGAAGGCUACCCAGGGCAUCUACCCCCUCCAGAACGUCCACAUCCGCAAGGUCAAGCUCCUCAAGGCGCCCAAGUUCGACCUCGGUGCUCUCAUGGCUCUCCACGGCGAGUCUGGCUCCGACGAGGCUGGCCAGAAGGUCGAGCGUGAGUUCAAGGAGACCGUUCUCGAGUCCGUAUAAAGGGUUGCUGGUACUGGGGAAUGAACGCACUGGGCAUGGGUUUCACUCGGGCAAUACCUCUCUAGGGCUUUGGUCUUGCUUCUUCGUUGCAUUGGCAUGGUAUCAUGGUAUUAGUCAAGGUAACGAAUACCCUCCCGACAAUGAGAAAACGGGAAUCAAAAAACGAUCACAAAUGACCAAAAGUCGAGCGGUG